AUGAACAGCGAUCUUCCUAUUACAUCGCUAAAUAAUUCAAAUCAGAACACUGAAAAUUUGUCGUCGGACAUCGUAGGAGGGUCAAAUGAGUCUUUGAUUUCACUAGACGAGUAUCUGAGCAACACUCUGCCUCUGCACUUACAGCGUCUCUUCUUGGACAAUUUGCAAAAGCGCGAGCAAGAGAUUGUGGACAGCGCUUCCAAGUCGUUGAUGAAUGCAGUGAGUGACUCCCAGCAACACACAAUGUCGGAUGGCUUACAUCUGUCGCUAAAUAGUGGAUAUAUGGAUUCAAGAAGUGGGUCCUUCUCCUCAUGGUCGUUUACACAGGGACUUGUCAUAGGGCAAGUGAGCGUCAUAUUGGUACUCAUAUUUUUCAUCAAGUUCUUUGUGUUCAGCGAAGGCCCGCUUAAAUCAGGAGGGCCGAAGGGAGGCAAGCCCAGUACCACCUCCGAUACGGAUUUUGCGAAGCCGCAUUUACUGCCGGUCAACACUACACACUUUUUGUCUUCCAUUAUUCGUCGGCAUGGGAAUGAGGGUACUCAAAAUUCGGAAGACACUGACAACAGCCGCAGUUUCUCACAAAUCGAUACUAUAUUGGAGAAGACUUAUUAUAAUGUAGAUACACAUUCACCAGAAACCUUGGAUUGGUUCAAUGUAUUAAUUGCUCAGACCAUACAACAAUUCAGAGAGGAAGCUUUGCAAAAGGACAACAUCGUUCAUUCUCUGAACGAUUUCGUAUCUCGGAAAUCAGACGAGCUGCCUCAGUACCUUGAUUCAAUCAAGAUAACGGAGCUUGACAUUGGAGAGGAUUUUCCUAUUUUCUCCAACUGCCGCAUACAAUACUCUCCAAAUUCGAACAAACAGAGACUCGAGGCGAAGAUGGAUAUUGACCUGAGUGAUCGCUUGGCACUCGGUAUUGAGACGAAACUACUUAUCAACUAUCCCAAGGCAUUUGCAGCAGCUCUGCCUGUACAGCUCACAGUUUCAGUAGUGCGUUUUCAAGCUUGUUUAACGGUAUCUCUGACAAAUGCCGAAGAAUUCGUUCCUACCGCGCAGGACGGUGCUUCUUACGGGUCCGACAAUGGCAGUGGUUACUUCCUGAUGUUUUCGUUUUCUCCGGAAUAUCGCCUUGAGUUCGAUGUCAAAUCACUGAUAGGUGCACGAUCUAAGCUGCAAAACAUUCCGAAAAUAGGAAGUCUGAUAGAAUACCAAAUAAAAAAAUGGUUCGUCGAACGAUGUGUUGAGCCACGGUUUCAAUUCAUAAAGCUUCCCAGCCUUUGGCCCAGAAGUAAAAAUACGAGAGAAGAGAUAUCAGAAAACGAUGAUGCAUCAAUGAAGUCAGCAGACAAUCAAAACACUCAAAUUUAG